UCGAGUUAAAAAGCGCGUUGAUUUCCAUCGAGAAAUGAUUUUUAAUUCGUUAAAGUAUCGUCUACGAUGAGAGCGGACGAGGAUCGUAACGAGUAUACUUACUUCAUCCUGUUCCUAACGAAUAUCUACGAUAUUUCGAGGCGAGGAGAAACAAUAGCCGUGGAAGGAAACGCGUUCCCGUUCGAAGACAAUGCGUGUAAUUUCGUGGAACGCGACGAAACGAAAGCGGCUAGGAUAUUACCCUCGCUCGAACGAAAGCAGCGAAAACUGUUGCCCCGCGUUUGAUCAGAGGAGAUUUCCGUUUCAAGCGAAAAGCCAGGGGAAUGAUUGCGCGAACGAAUCGGAAGAACGUUAACGCGCCGUGACGUUGGCCCGUUACGCGGUCCAUGCUCCGCGCUCGAGAGUUAGCUUUGUUUACGCUGCUCGUUGGCGAAGAAUCAGCGGAGGCUAGCCGCGGAGACAACCGAGCGAGAAGAAGGCGAGGCUCCUUUACCGGCAAGGCUGAUCGUUAUCGUUUUAACGCGUUUCCUUACGUAACGCACACACACACACACGCGCGCUUUAAACUCGUCCCUUUUUCUCAAUUAUCCGAACCGCAUUCUUCUCCGCUCUAUCGAGUCGCAAUUGUCUCUGGCUACGAUAAAGCGAGGAUAAUCCGAGUUGUUUGUCGGUUAGAAUCGUUAGGAAAAGAAUUUCAGUCAGAUGAUAAUUUUUCAAUUCGAUCGGAUCGUAGAACAGGCUGUAGUAAUGCAACGUCGAGGGAGUAAAAUCGGUUUGCGACGAGACCGGUCCGCCUCGUCGCAACGUUUUACCGUUUUGAUCUUACCGGUUCACGGGUUCCGACCUCGAUCGAAGCAAACUCGCUCGAGCAGAGUCGAGUCGAGUCGAAUCGAAUCGAACCGAACCGAUUCAUCUUCUCCUUUAUACACGUCGCCUGGCGUAGUCGCGCGUAUCGCGAAAGCGACUCGCUCCAACGAACUUGUCGCGGUCCGUUCGGCUCGGUUCGCUUACGGUACGAAAUCGGCGUUGAUUUACUAAUCGGCGUGUAUCAACGCGACCGUUUCGUUUCGAUCGAGCGAAAUGCAAAUCGACGUGAUCGACAAUCGCCAGCUUCGGAUUUCAAGCAAACACGUUACUUUACUUCGCAUCGUUUUACGUUUUAUAAUACGUUUGCGCGAGCAACUUUCACUUCUCGUUGCCUGUUAUUCCUUGUUCGUGAGCGUCGAGAAUGUUUCGCGAACGGACUUAUCGUCUGUGUCAUUGGAGAACAGCCUACGCGGAUUUCAUGAUGCGAGAUGGAGGACGAGCCGGGUUUCUCGUAGCGAGAAGGCGAAGAUGGGCAAUAACGGAAGCAGCUCUCGGGAGCAACAGGCCGCGUCCGUGUGUUCGAACGGACUGGCAACGACGUCGGAGGCAAGCCGAGGAUGGUCACAGUCGUUCCCUCGGGAACUGGCCAGGCACCAUCACCGUUCCCAAGCUGCGCCGGUGGUGGCGGCGCGAAAGGUUCUCCCCGAGCCACCUAAUCAAAGACUACGCGCCACCGACAACGGAUCCAUCAUACAGAACGGCGGCACGAUAAGCGGUCGCAGAGCGCCAACGUUUUCAUCCUCCCGCGAUUUCGCCAAGAGGAACGAGCCGUUUCGAGAGAGAAGCAUCUCCGCGUGCCAGCCUGCCGAGGGCCGAUCGCGAAGGAUCGACCGACACUGUUGUCGUUAUCGAGCGGAGCAAAAUCGAGCGGAAGCGACCUCGAACUUGAAGAGAUUCGACAGCGAGCCCGAUCUCCGUUACUCCCCGGAUGCUUCCUCGUCGAUCCAGGACCGUUCGAGUAUCGGCAGAUCGAGCGACAGAGAGGACGGUGCUCGAACCUCGAACGGUCAACGAGCGCAACUCAGAGAGUCCAAGGAACGGCUCGAAGGUAGAUACAAAGCUAGGAAAAAGUACAAAGCCCCGGCUCCUCCGAGCAACGGCGAUCUCGCGGACGAAUCACCGUCGACUCUCGGCGGAGGCGGCGAUGGCGAGACUCGUUGCAGACUCGAACAACAGCAGCUUCAACCACCCCCGAGGAGAUCUCGUCUGUUCAAGACUCGAGCGGAGACGAAGAAGGCUCAGGUCACUUGGCAAUUGUCCUCCGGCGGGCUGGCUCGUUCGUUCGAUCGUGCACGCGAGUCGGCCAGCCGUACGAUCGAACAGAACACCGAUCAACGAUCCGCUUCGAAUCGUUGGAACGCUUCCAGUCCGAAUCGUUUCAACGAGCAGACGUCUGAUCAUCGAAAUCGAUGCAAACUCACCGACGGGAAGAACACUCUGCAGAGGAGUAUGAGCAGUCCCGAGUUUCAGGCGGAGCUGAUCCAGGUGGCGAGGCGAGUUCGCGACAAGCUCGACUGCACCGGUAAAUCGGUCGGCCUCGAAGCUGCUGAUUUCGAGGGACGAGCGGCGAACGCAUCGCCGGAGGAAGAAAGAUCCCUCGUUCCGGCGGCGCCUCCUCAAGCCGAGGGGAAAAUCAACCACGCGAGAUCGACCAGCGUGGAUCGAGACGCGAUCGUGAAACCUACGAAGCCGGUGAAGCCGAUGCUUCGGAGACUCGAGGACGACGAGACGACGAAACGUCGAAGCGGAUCGUACGCCAAGGCCGUUGAACUCGCGCGAGAGAGAACCGUUACGGGUGCGAGCGGUCCGGAAACGUUGAGAGACAAGGAGAAUCGGGAUCCUGGACGAUGGAACGGCGAGUCGAACGGCGCUCGUCGAAAACGUUCGAUCGACGGAGAACGAACGGACGGCGUGGAAACGGACAAAUCGGAUACGAAGAGAAGGAGCAACCGUGUCGGCGAAACUACCGCGUCCGUGGUCGAGGAUGAUCGUUCCAGACAGGAACACCGUCGUUCAUUCGUCUCCCCGACGCGAUCCGCGCCAAAGACCUUCUAUUUUGGAAUGAACGAAACGCGGACGGAAAGCAACGAGCCAGAUCUGCGGGGAACCGAGGAAGCUGAGUUCAAGUUUCCGGACGGUGGGAACGAGGAUGGUAGACCGACGGUGGAUCUGAUCGGCGACGAGGACGACAACGAGAGGAACGUGGUCGAGAACAUCUCGUUGAAAUUGCGACCAACUCUGCCGAAGAAACAGCUCGAGAUUCCACGAUUUUCGCCGUCGGCCGCAUGGAGAUUGCUGUCGGCACUGGAAGCACCCGGACCAAGCAUGAGCACCGCCAGCGAAGAGUUGCCGGUGACGUUCGAGGAACGAAUAGAACGUUCAUCGAGACCGCCGCCCCCGUUUCCGUUGUCGCUGGGCCCGAGGAGCUGGCACGACAAGUCCGGCGAUUCGGGCAUAUCCGGCGACGCCGGGGCGGCGAACGACGACUCGUUGGACGUGAGUACGAUCAACAGGAUGAAAACGACGCCGAUCAGGCCCGCGUGGACGCCGCAGCAGGACUUGGGGGAGGAAUCGAGCAGCGACGCCGGUGUCGACUCGCCGCCGCCUCCACCGUUGCCAGCCCCGUUUAAAUAUCCCCCUCGAGCUCACGUCUUCUCCCUCUCGUUGCCCAGAGACGACGCGAGAACCUAUUUCUGCGCUCCUGACCCGAAGUCCAGAGAAGGAUCCGCCUUCAAUUCCCUUCAGAAACUGAAGAGGUCGGUGUCCGGAGCUUUCGGCAUCGGCGCGCACGACCCACGAACCAGUUCCACCCGCGACCUUCUCGACGACAAUUGGCUCUUGUCCUCGAGCGCGCCAAACUCGUUGCAACACAGUCGGGUCGUCGAUGCGUCGCGAAACUCGCCGUCCGCUUGGAAACCGUAUUUAUCCCGCGAAUCUACCGGGCAGCGUGUUUACGGACGCGACAGCGGCCCCGAGGACGACGAGAACGAACCACGCGCCGAAGACGGACACGACGACGGCGACGAUGGAGACGAAGACGAGGACGAGGACGAGGAUGACGACGUGGACGAUGACGAGGACAGUGACGCCGUGGACGCGGACGUUGACGCUUCUGUACGAUACGAAGCCGACGGGGUACGCGUCGACGCGGACGGCUCGAAAAGCAACAAGUCUAACGAUUUCCCGGUCGUCAUGAAACCACCGUCUUUCUCUUACUUGACCCCGGGCGGACACGUGAUGUAUCUACCGGAAUCGAACGACGCGGAACAUCGGGCACAGGGUUUUAACGGCGAGAAAGUUAAACGCGACGAGGACGAGGACGAAGACGAGGACAACAAUGACGUUAUGCCGGCGAAACGACGAUCUAGAAACUCCAGAGGUUACAUAGACGCGAAGAAUUCGAGGGGAAGGAAGGAAUCCGAGAUGUACGAGGCAAAGAGGGUGUCGUCCGGUUGCGAGGAAGUGGUUUCCUGCAAACAGACGUCCUCGCAGGUGACGGAGACGAAACCUCAACGAAAGAGCAGAAGAUUCACUUUUCAAUCGACCGUUAGGCAAAUAGAGAGGCGCAGGUUGGCCGAGAAGUUGUCGAGGGAAGCCGAAGCGAAGGAACGACAGCGGAAGGGUGAACUGGAAGCGAUGCGAAAGGUCGAGGAAGAGUUUCAACGGAAACGCGCGAAAGAGAAGGCGAACAUCAGGCAACAGUUGCGCUUGUUCAAAGAGAUGGAAGAAAAUUUCGAUAGUCUGGCGAGUCCGAAAUGGGACGGUUCGCAGUUGUCUCGCGCCGAUCCGGACGGCGCUCCGUCUUCCACCGCUUCCUCUCCGACUUCCAUGCCGAUCGGAAACACCACCCCAGCGUCCGGCAAAAGCUUCGUCCACGAGGAACAUCGCCGGAAGAGAAACGUUGGCUCGGACUCGAAGAAACGUCGCGCCGGCGAACAGACCGCUCAUCGAGCGAAGUACUACGACUGGGCGCCGGACGCCUCGUCGCACCUGGAACACAAGCAAACCACCGUCCAUCCGGAGAUCGUUUGCGACAUCCCGAAAAGUUCUCCUGUUUUUGUCGACGCGAACGUCCAUCCGGCCAAGCCGGUCGCUUCCAAUUCCACUCCGAGGUCGGACAAUUACAGGAAGGAUUUCGCCCACGGUGCCGUGAUAACCAAAACUUCGUUUGCGAGCAGCGACAGCGAACUCUCGCAGCCGAACACGAGACCGCACUCCAGGCAGACCGGAAGCAACGGCAAAUCUUUUCGAGCUGGGUAUUAAGUUGGGCAUGACGCAAGUAAUUCUAACGCGACUCUAGUCACCUUUUAACAACGCUUCGCUAAAGCUAUGCGAGGAUACGCUUUUAAUCGCGCAUGGAUCUGCAAGAAGCGUGUCGUUCGCGAGAAUUCCUUCCGCGCGUUCCUUCCACGUAGAAAUUGUUUUCAUUUCCGCGAAACCUUUUCAACGAAACGAGUUAAACGACGUGUGCAAAGAAAACGAACGAACGGUUGAGCAGGUCCGGCGGAAGUCCAGGACAAAGCGAGGAGCCGGGGACUGGGGACAAGGAACUGGACGACCCGGUGGAAGCAACGGAACAGCCGAGGAAAG